AUGUCAUCUCUGAACAAAAUGCAGGAUGAGAGCACGUUCUCAAGGCCUUCCUCGAACUCAACCAUUCCUCUAUCUACCUCCAAGGCUCUAUCAUCGGGCGCUGAAGCUGCACCCGUAGCCAAGCUGUCACCGACUCUUGCCUGUCUACCAGCCGAAGUCCUCCAGAAGAUCUUGCAGCACUCGCUCGAGCUGAAUCUUGUUCUGACAUGCAAAAAUGUCGCAAAACGCAUGCCAGGAUUCUGGUGGCUAGCGCGCAUCUUGAUGCUCGCGUCCUUCUGUGCAUAUCCUGCUGCUCUGUUCCUUGAUGCGUCCUGGAAAGAGGCUGGUGCGAUGCUUGGAUUGAGGCUACCAAUUUUUGAUGGUCUCGAUAGAAGGCUUCUACAAGGCAUCGUCAUGGAUCGUGGCUGGUGGACUCUGGACAUGCUGAAAUCCGCGAUGGCCGAGAUUUAG